GACCUCUGACCUCUGACCCCUUAUGCAGGUUACUACCUGGAGUUUGUGGAGCCGGUGAACAACAUGACGGUGGUGCAGGGCCAGACGGCCACGCUGCACUGCAAGGUGAUGGGGAACCCGCGGCCCACGGUGCGCUGGCUGAAGAACGACGCCCCCGUGGUGCAGGAGCACGGGCGCAUCUCCAUCCGCAAGACGGAGGCCGGCUCCAAGCUGCGCAUCCAGGACCUGGACACCACCGACACCGGCUACUACCAGUGCGUGGCCUCCAACUCCGUCAAGGUCAUCACCGCCACCGGCGUGCUCUACGUCCGGCUUGGGCAGUCCCCAACGCAUGGACCCGAUGACCCGUCCCACGAGAAAGGCUUCUGCCAGCCGUACCGCGGCAUCGCGUGCGCGCGCUUCAUCGGCAACCGCAGCAUCUACGUGGAGUCGCUGCAGAUGCAGGGGGAGAGCGAGAACCGCAUCACAGCCGCCCUCACCAUGAUUGGCACGUCCACGCACCUGUCGGAUCAGUGCUCGCAGUUCGCCAUCCCGUCCUUCUGCCACUACGUGUUCCCGCUGUGCGAGGAGGGGUCGCGGGGCCCGCCCCGGCGGCGGCAGCUGUGCCGGGACGAGUGCGAGGCGCUGGAGAACGACCUGUGCCACGCGGAGUACGCCAUCGCCCGCUCGAACCCGCUCAUCCUCAUGCAGCUGGAGCUGCCCAACUGCAGGCUCCUCCCCCACCCGGGCUCGCCCGACGCCGCCACCUGCAUGCGCAUCGGCGUCCCCGUGGACAAGCUGGAGAAAUAUUCUCCCCCAGAUCACAGAUGCUACAACGGCAGCGGCGCUGACUACCGGGGCACGGAGCGGACCACCAAGGCGGGGCAGCAGUGCCAGCCGUGGAGCGCGCAGUACCCGCACAGCCACCACCUGACGCCGGCCGAGCACCCCGAGCUGAGGGGGGGGCACAACUUCUGCCGCAACCCCGGGGGCCAGAUGGAGGCGCCCUGGUGCUUCACCAUGGACGCGCGGCAGAGGGUGGACCUGUGCGACAUCAGGCCCUGCAAACCCCCCGAGAACCUGAAGAAGGAGAUCCUGUACAUCCUCAUUCCCAGCAUCGCCAUCCCGCUGGUCAUCGCCUGCCUCUUCUUCCUGGUCUGCAUGUGCCGCAACAAGCAGAAGGAGUCCUCGGACACGCCCCCCCGGCGCCAGCUCACCGCCUCCCCCAGCCAGGACGUGGAGCUGCCGCUGCUCAACCAGCACAAGCACCAGGCGAAGCUGAGGGAGAUCAACCUGUCGGCCGUGCGCUUCAUGGAGGAGCUGGGCGAGGACCGCUUCGGGAAGGUGUACAAGGGCCACCUGUACGGCACGGCCCCCGGGGAGCAGACGCAGGUGGUGGCCAUCAAGACGGUGAAGGACAAGGACGAGGGCACCCUGCGGGAGGAGUUCCGCCACGAGGCCAUGCUCCGGUCGCGCCUCCAGCACCCCAACAUCGUCUGCCUGCUGGGCGUGGUCACCAAGGAGCAGCCCAUGAGCAUGGUGUUCGGCUACUCGGGCCUGGGCGACCUGCACGAGUUCCUGGUCAUGCGCUCGCCCCACUCGGACGUGGGCGGCUCGGACGACGGCAAGACGGUGCGCUCGGCGCUGGAGCAGUCCGACUUCCUGCACGUGGUCACGCAGGUGGCGGCGGGCAUGGAGUACCUGUCCAGCCACCACGUGGUGCACAAGGACCUGGCGGCGCGCAACAUCCUGGUCUGCGACAAGCUCAACGUCAAGGUCCUGGACCUGGGGCUCUUCCGGGACGUCUACUCGGCCGACUACUACAAGCUGGCGGGCGGCAGCCCCUUCCCCGUGCGCUGGAUGCCGCCGGAGGCCAUCGCCUACGGCAAGUUCUCCACGGACUCUGACGUCUGGUCCUACGGCGUGGUGCUGUGGGAGAUCUUCAGCUACGGGCUGCAGCCGUACUGCGGCUACUCCAACCAGGACGUGGUGGAGCUGGUGCGGGGCCGGCAGGUGCUGCCCUGCCCGGACGACUGCCCCAGCUGGAUCUACGCGCUGAUGCUGGAGUGCUGGAGCGAGUUCCCGGCGCGGCGGCCGCGGUUCAAGGAGAUCCACGGGCGCCUGCGGGCCUGGGAGAGCCUGUCCAACUACAACAGCUCGGCGCAGGCCUCGGGCGCCAGCACCGCCACGCAGACCAGCUCGCUCAGCACCAGCCCCGUCAGCAACGUGAGCGGCGCCGCGCGCUACGCCGGCCCCAAGCCCAAGGCCUCGCCCUUUCCCCAGCCCCAGUUCCUGCCCAUGAAGGGCCAGCUGCGCCCCAUGGUGCCGCCGCCGCAGCUCUACAUCCCCGUCAACGGGUACCAGCCCAUGCCCGCCUACCCGUACCACCUGCAGAACUUCUACCCCAUGCAGAUCCCCAUGCAGAUGGCGCCGCCCGGCUCCGCCGCCGCCGCCGCCGCGGGGGCGCACCCGUCCUCGGCCGCGCCCAAGGCCGGCUCGCACCACAGCGGGAGCGGCUCCACCAGCACGGGCUACGUCACCACCGCCCCGUCCAACGGCUCGGGCACGGAGCGCGCCGCGCUGCUGCUGGAGGACAGCAAGGGGGCGGGGCCGGGGCCCGCGGCGGAGGAGGCGGGGGGCGUGGCCGACCGGGCGUCCCAGGCCGGUCUCCACGGAGACGACGCCCCCGUCCCCGAGACUGAGCUGCUGGGGGACAACGACACCCAGUCCACAGAGGACCCCGAUGUUCACUCGGAGGCGUAGAAUGGGAGGGGGGUGAGGCGCCCUGUUUGGGGGCGAAAGGGGGAGUAGGGGGGGUGGCAAACCCAGACCAAAAAAUUUUUUUUUAAAAGAGCUAAGCCUGCCUUUUGAAAUGAGAUGUGUUUGGUUUUUUAUUUUUAUUUGUUUUUUUUAAUGAACAGUACAACAGCUUUUUAUCUUGUUUCAAAGUGAAGGGAAUGCAUUUGAGAGAGAAAAAAAAUGUAUAAAGAGACCAAUAAAUGAUUGUUAUUUAUAGGUUGCUUUUGAGGUCACUGGCGUGGAGGUGCACCGGCAGAGUUUGAGGUUGGAACCUGUACCCUCCCGGCUUUGGAAUUUGGAACUGUGAAAGCUGCUUGUCACUGACUUACUGUCCAAUGAAGAAUCGUGUUUAUUUCACGCCCCCCCCCCCCCCCCCCCCCCCCCCCCCAGUUCUGAGGGAGCGCUAGCACCACUAGCGCUGGACAGUGUUUUACUAUGAGAAGUGUUGCAAAGCCUUUCAGAAGAAUUCGUUUUCUUACUGUUGCUGUGCAACAUGACGCGAGACUUUGCUCCCAGGAUUCCUGAAGUUGGAUUCUUUUGAUGUUCAUAACUUUUUACAUUUCCUGGUACAUGCAAAAAAAAAAAAAAAGAAGAAAACAAGAUCAUACUGUGGUUUUUAAAGUGCGAGUUAAAGUUUUAAAAACUAUUUUGUUGUGUUUUGUUUGUACACGUGGUCGCAUUUACAAAGAAAUUACCCCAGUUAUUUAACCUCGGGGUAUAAGCUGACCCUCCUGCGCUGGACCGUUUUUGCUGAGCCCUGCCUCAAUCAAUGGACAAUGAGAAUGACUCGAGAACGGAGGGACGGCCAUUUUGGACACGCCGCAAACAAUAUUUUUUGCGAUGAGAACUCUUCCGCAGAUUCAAUUUCGUGGUAGACUUUCGUUCCAAACACGUACAUGCGACUAAUCUGCGUGAAGCUUACAAUGUGGGAAAACGAUAUCCGAAUGACGCGAAGAAAUGUGUUGACGUAUCAUUAUGUUCCAUACAACAGCCCUUGGAGGUAACCGGUCAUUGAUAUUACUGGGUUUUAUUCAUUUUUUUAACCCCCGCUGUAAAGAAUUUGUAAUUUAUGUUAAUGUUUUUUUGUUUUGUUUUUCUUUUGUAAAUUCAGUCUGAAGAACAAACUUUUAAAACACAGCUCCGUGUAAUUUGUCUCACCUUCCUGUCCUUGGCGGGAAUUGUUUAGCCAGCGGUAUGACGUCUCUUUGUGUCCUAGCAACCAGGUACCCGCUAUUAUUUUUUUUCUGAGCGUGGUUUUUUGUAAAGCUCACAAAAGUGAUUGUCUUCUUUUAUAACUAUAGCAAACGUUACCCAUAUAUUGUGUACAUCCAGCCACGUGGAGUGUCCAAUAAAACGAUACAUUAUUGAAA